GUUGUCAGCUGAAUAUUUGUGAUUCAUCUAAUCAGUGCCUCUACACAAGUUGCAGCAGUUUAAAAUGUUCACUUGCUGUAGUGCCAUCUCAUGGAAAGCAGAUAUUGAAAAUUCAACAUAGUCUUUUUUUUUUUUUCAUGGAAAUGUGACAUGCUGUACCUGAAUUUUUCUUUUGAGAGCAUGUCCAAGAAUUAAUGGAAUCCUGGAAGAUGCAUUUUGACAAGUGUAACUUGAUAUUCUACCAUGCCAAGCACCACAACAGGGCCACACUUUUUGGUGGGGAAAAAGCCAAUUCUCUUGAAGAAUGAUGAAAGACUCGGAAGGAUUCCUUUCUCAAUAAGGAGAGCAAAAUUUUCAGAAGUAAAUAGAAUUUUUGGUCUUUUGUCAGAGGUUGUUGUUCAUGGUAAAGAGGAGGAGUUCAAUAAUAAGGCAAGAGAAUCAAAACUUGGAGAAAAGCAGCCAACCCCAAAGAAGAAAAAGGAAAGGAAACCAAAUAAUGCAAGAAAUGCAGAAAGAAAAUUGAAAAGUGAAAAAAAUGCUUUGGAUCUUGCUGGUGAGGACUCAAGCUCUGAAUCAGCAUCAGGCAGCAGUGAGGAGAUGGAGCUGGUCACUCAGAUGGACACAUUUUCUACCACUGACCUCAGCAGAUACCACUGUUCUGUGAAAUCCAAGCCAAGCCCAGGUGCCAGAAAAGGAAAUGAAAGCAAAUAAAAAAAAAAACAUGCAUCUAACAAGAGUAAAGAAGUAAAAAAAAGGUAACACACACAAAACUAAAGUGUGGAACAUCAUCCACAGUGCUUGUAAGAUGGGAAAUAUAGAUAAUUUGUCUGCAGCUCUUAAAGUUCACUCUUCUGGACAGCAUGAAGGUUGGCUCCUUGAGCACAGCUGCAACCCAAGUGUUAUUGAUGGUGCCAAGAGUUAUUUGAUGAUGCUGCAGACGAAGUGUCGUAAUACCUUCAGGCGCUUCAUGGCAUAGUGGCCGGAUAAAUAUGAUUAUAAGAAGGCUAAUAUUCCAAGUCCAUUGACCAAGGAGCAAGAAUUAGAACAGGCAGCCAAGCUGGCCAUAAGAAGGAAAGCUCAGAGGCAGGCCAAGCAGGAGAGACAAAGGGAAAAGAAACAGCAAGAAAAAAAAAAUGAACAAAGAAAAGCUUUGCAAGCUGAAGAAGAUAAGAAAAAGUUUCUUGAACUUAGUGACAGAGAAAAGAUAUGUUAUGUCUUUGUUUUCAGGAUAUUACUAUAAUCAUGGACUUCUUCAUUACACUUGGAUAUACUAGAUCAUGGAUACAAGAGAUGGCAAGAGGAUAUGAAGUUUCUUACUGUUCUAGUAGCAUGUUUAGGUUAUAGCAGUGGAUGUGUCAGUCUAUUAAUUUUGUAUCUGUUACAGGAUCCAUCCCUUAUUCUUUGAUGAAUAGCUGCAGUAGAUGUGUUUCUGCAUGCAGGUGUACUGAAAUUUGAUCUUUGUAGUCUUUACUCCUUUAAUUAUCCCAUUUUUUUCUUCUUUUCAUUCCUAAGCUGCGAGGUUUCUUAAACAUGCCUCUCACCACAUGCAAGAGAGAGUUGACAUUUUGCUAAAAGACAGUAUGUUUUCAAUCAUUUGUGCUGCUCUCCAUGCCUCUAAUGUGUUAAUCCCUUGCCUGUGGGGUUUCUUGCACAUUUCUUCUCAUAUGUAAGGAACCUUUGGUAAUUUGCCAAAAAUAGCUUUUUUCAAUUAUAAUUUGUGCAUGCUUUUCUCAUGUUAAAUUAAAUGAUAAUAGACUCAUACAUCCUUCAUCAUGAAAAUGCAGAGACCAAAAUUUCUCAGUUUAGAGGUGCAAUUAUCACCAUGACAGCACACUGUUCAAAUGACUGCCCCACAGUACAGGAGAGUGGGGGAACCUUCCCAGCUACUCUCAUUCUAGCCUAAUCUAUAUGCAUAUAUAUUUCCCUAACUUAAGGGGGAUGUCCAGUUGGAAGACAAAAAAAAAAAAAAAAAAAAAAAUGUGAACAGACACAGACACAGUAAAUGUAAUAAAAAAGUGCAGUGAUGACUAAUAAGAGAAUGAUGAGUAACACAAAUGUUUAGGAGCCCCUACCUCAAAACAUUUUUUUUAUUAUAAAUGUCCAAAGCUUAACCAUUGCUUCAUAGAUUCCCAUCAAACCUUCAGGAUUAUUAGAAUGGACUAAGAUCUGCAAACGUAUGCAUUUAUAAUUUUAAAUUGAUUAUUAUACAUACAAAAAAAAAUCUUCAUAAAGUCAAAACUUGCUGAAAGUUGAAAGGUGCAAGAAAAAUUUCUUUCUCAAAUUCAGUGAUAAGAAUCAGAAUUUCAAACAGUCAGUUAGAGAUCAGUAGUAUACCUACAUGAGUGGCACAACAUCAUAUGAUUUAUUAUUUUUUUUCCUAGGAUUUUGAAAAGGGGCCUUAAUUUUUUUUAUUUCUGAAAUUAAAAAAAUAAAGGUAGAGGAAUGUUGUAUAUGCCAUGCCGUACCAGCGUAAAAUUCUGUGUAAAACAAAUAAACGGUAUGGCAAAAACUCGUCAUACUAAACAUCCCCCUAAGUUACUCUCUUCCUUCCAUUUAUCUCCUUCUCAGCCUCUUUCCUUUGUUCUCUCUCUUCAUACAUUCCCUCUCCCUCUUACACUUAGCAAAA